AUGUCGCAAUCCCCCGAACCCCUAGACACGCGCCUCGAUGCGCCCACGACGUCUGAAAUCGAAUCCCUCGAACUCUUCCGCCGCUCUCCACACCCCUACUUGCGCCAUAGAGACGAGAUCCGCACCGAUCGCUCAGUACCCGCGACACGGCAUAAUUCACGAAAUGGCCGCAAGCGCAGGAAAGUCCCGUCGCAGUCCCAAUCGCCGAGCGAAAGCGGCACGGAAGCAGACGACGAGGCAUACACAUUUGUCAAGGCGCUGCCCCCGCCACCAUUACGACUGCACAAGGGAUUAAGAGAGGGCGCGCGGAGUCCGCUGCUCACGCCGAACCAGAUUGACGAUGAGGGGCGCAAGUAUAGCGAGGAGUACUUUGCGGAGAAGAAGAGGAGUAGGCGCGGGGAUGGUGCGACGGAUGAAGAAGCGCGGCUUGCGAGACAGAAAUACUUACAAAGAAGGCGGAUGGAACUUGUCAGACGGACUACUGAGACGGCGUUGCUCGUUGUGAUUGGGGUGCUUGCAGUUGGAGGGUGUGCAUGUUGGGAGGGACUAUUGAGGGGACAUCGAGUCGAACUCAUAACUUAUACCCUCGUCAUACUCUCCCUCCUCGCUCUCUAUCCACUCCGCGUAUUCUAUUACUCCUGGCGCCGCGGGAAUCCCUCGAAUCUGCGACUGCGGAAACGCAUACAUGUCCCUGCUGCUUUCGACCCAGCGACGAUAUUAUACCCAACCACUCUACCCGUUUUAAUAAGCAUUUCCUUAUUCGCUUCGUUUCCCACACCAUUACUUCCGAAUAUUUUACUCGCUUUAGCCGCCCUUCCAGCACGCUUGAUACCUUUCAAACAAGCAACACUCGGAUAUUCGAAUUUGCAUUGGCUGCUGUCUAUACUGCCUUUAAUUGCUGCGCAAAACCAACUCCAAAACACCACUCUUCUAUUCGAACAAGCCAACUUCGACCCAGAAACCCUCGUCAUGCUAUUCGCCCUACACCAAGCCCUCCUUCCACCACUCUAUUACCUCACAACAACGAGUUUGUUACCGACAGAACUCCACCUCCUCUCCAUCGGGCUGAUCAACCUCCUCCUCUUCGCCGACAGUCCGCAGGCCAGUAUCCUCAAGAUACUGAUGUGGCUCGGCGGCGUAGGCCUAUUCGUCACAUGUGGAAAAGUACUCAAAUGGGGCGUUGCACUCGCUCGCAUCCCGCGCUGGAGAUUACGAAGAGCAGGCCAGGCAAUUGCGAACACCCAGUCUUUUUUGAAGCUCUUAGACACGAGUCUGCGCUCGCGCGCGCACAGCGCUGAGACCAGGAGGGGGGCUGACAGCGACGCAGACGAAGAUGACCCACUGCUGGCAAAGGACACGAAUAUGUUGCACAAGACGAAAAGCCUCAAAGUCAACAUACUCGAUUCAUUCAGGCGAAAUAUGAAUGGCAAUGCAGAACCCCAUUCAGCUGUGGAAUCUAAACCCCCGAGCCCUAAUUCCAAGCGCCAACGUCGAAAUACGCUGCCCACACCUGCGGCGCAAGACCACACUUCCGCGCACCGCUAUGUACAACGCAAACGCUCAAAGUCGAUUGCACAGUCGUACCUCAGUCUCACGCCGGCUCAGGCUACGAUCCGCAAAUGGGCGUACGCGGGGUACUUCUACCUCGUCGUCGUGGUGAUGAUACUAGGUCCGAUACGCCAUCUCAUCGGCACUACGAGUCUACACGCGCACGAGCCGUUUGGGUGGGCAGUGAGUUACCUCUUCGGCCAUAUACCGCGCGUGCGGUGGGAGGUGUACAACUGGGAUCUAGAUGGGUGGAUCACACUACCGCCGCUUAUUGAUCAUGAGAUGAUUCACCAGAAAGAAGAACCGCUGGUGUUUGUCGAGUAUCUGCGACAUGUGGUGGUGGGUGAGGCGAAUGCGAGAUUAGUCCUCGCGGCGUACUGCGCGGGCACGAUUGCGCUGGGGCUGGUUAGUGUGUUCAGUCUCUCUGCAGUCGUGGAGGUGGAUACGCGGAGGAAGGUGUUUCACGGGACGAUGGUGGCCAUGCUGUUGCCGACAAUCUUCAUCGAUCCGUGCUUCGUGGCGCUGGCGCUCGCGCUGGUACUCGCCAUUUUCCUGCUGCUCGACCUCAUUCGCGCGUCUCAACUACCCCCGCUGUCGAAGCCGAUUGCCAAGUUCCUCACGCCGUAUGUGGAUGGGAGGGACCUAAGAGGACCCGUGGUGGUUAGUCAUAUUUUCUUGCUGAUCGGGUGUGCGAUUCCGCUGUGGUUGAGUCUCGCGGGCAUCGAGCGGGUAGGCGAGGAGCCGUGGGAAGAUUGGAAUGUCAAGAGUAGGGAUGUGAGUAUGCUGGCUGGUGUGAUUUGCGUGGGCAUGGGUGACGCAGCUGCGUCUCUCAUCGGACGGCGGUACGGACGACGAAAAUGGCCGUGGGCUGGCGGCAAGUCACUGGAGGGCAGUCUGGCAUUUGCUGUCGCUGUCACGCUGGGGCUGGUAUUUGGAAAAGCGUGGCUGGCGUUUGGCUGGGGCGGGCAUCACAAGUCGAUGGGUGACUGGACGCGAGACGCAGUGGUCACGACGCUCAAGGCGGCAUUAUGUGCAGCAGGCGCAAGUCUCAACGAGGCGGUGCUGACGGGCGGCAACGACAACGUGAUAGUACCUGUUGUAUUGUGGAUACUAGUUAGAGGUGUCAGGCUGUAG